GAUGUUCAGAAGGAGAGCGAGCCUCACGUUUAUCUCAGUAAAGAAGAACUUAAAGAGAAGAUACAAAGCUACAAUUCAUCUGUUACUGAUAAAUUAAAGAUGACCUUGAACACAAAUGGGAUUUACACUGGCUUCAUCAAAGUUCAGAUGGAACUAUGCAGACCGAUCACUGUGCAGUCUUCCCAGAGCCAGGGGAGGUGUGCUCCCAGCAAUAAUGAAACUGCCUUUUACUUGCCGGAUGGCUGCGUGAACACCCUUCACAUCAGCAGCACCAACACUGUCCGUGAAGUUAUUGAGGCCUUGCUCAAAAAGUUUUUUGUGGCUGACAACCCUGCAAAGUUUGCACUUUAUAAACGCUGUCACAAGGAAGACCAAGUUUAUACAUGCAAGCUGUCAGACCGAGAACAUCCCCUCUACCUGCGUUUGGUGGCAGGCCCCACAACAGAAAUGCUCAGUUUUGUUCUGCGUGAGCAUGAAACUGGAGAAGUCAUGUGGGAAGCUUUUAGUAUUCCAGAACUGAAAAACUUCUUGCGUAUACUGGACAAAGAGGAAAACGAGCAACUGCAAAUCUUAAAGAAGCGUUAUGCAGCUUACAGAGACAAACUUGAAGAAGCCCUCGGUGGGGUGUGGAAACCUGGUUAAAAGGGGGCCAAAGGACACUCAGGAAAAACGCACGCUACCAAAUGUCAGUAUAGCAUGCCAAACCCAACGUACAAAGAGCAGCAGAGAGUAGUUUUCUUUAUUCAGAAGACUGUUUUGUGAUGCCGGGGUACCUGAAUUUUGCUAUAGACUUAGUUCCGUAAGCCAGGUCACUUAGCAUCUUGCACCCACGAGUAAGGGAUUCUGCAUGUUUGUACAUCAGUUUGCAACCCUCUGUGUGCCUGGAGAGUUUUCCAAGUUAUCUUGGUGCAAGCUGUGAAACUAAUCAAUUUUUCUAGAAUGCUAUGAAAUAAGACUGUUUGGUUUUUUUCUUUGCUUUAAUGGUAGCUUUACAAGUAAGGACGUGCAAAUUCAUGGGUUAAAAAAAUUAAUAAAACCAUCUGGACGAGAACUAGUUGGAGCACUAUCUUUGAGGUGAAAUUGAUUUGCACUACCUUUCUGUUUUCAAGUAGUUACUGUAUAAUUUGAGAGAACUGUUGUAGGUGGAAGGCAUAUGGGAUCUUGUGGUUUGUUCUGUGAAAUUGAUGGAAGGCUUUAAAGUGGUCUUUUUGGAGAAGGUAGAGAAAGUUGGAAAGAAGGUAAGAGUUGAGGAAGGAGAACCCUAACAGCUGACAGAGGGGAGCAGGUUUUAAAUGGAGCUAGUAUUUAUACAGAGGAAAGUUGAAAUACUAAUUCUACAAGAUUAAAGUUUUAGGAUGCUAUAAUAUUGUGAAUAAGUUUUAUGGUUUUUUGACUGCAU